AUGGCAUAUUCUAUACUGAUCUGGCCAGCUAUUGCUGUCUGUCUAUCCCUGAUCACAUUCCUGGCCCUCGAUAGGUCCCAGAAAGAUGUCGUCCUCAAGCGCUGCGGUCUCGUGCGACGGCCAUCAAGGCCGACCACGCCUUCGCUCGAGAAGCAGCCCCUCCCAAAACCCAUCGCAUCAUCGACGUCAGAGCUAGCGUCCACAUUCCCACCGCCCCAGCGACAGCAGCUCAGCAAAAUGGCCCUGAACAUGCCAGCCGGUCAGCGGAAAGCCAUGGGUGAUCUAUCGUUUGACCAGAGCACGUUUGAGCGCUCGCUAUUGAGGCUCGACGAGGACUAUAGGACGGCUGACGACUCCAAGUACAACUACACUGGCUUCUCGGUGCGCGAAAUCAAGGCCCUGGGUGACUUUCCGGGUUACUCGACCAUCUCCGAGGUCCCGAUGCCGAACCCGUAUCGCGAGUUCGACAUCAGCAAGGCAAAGGCAAGACCGUACCGCCCUUUCAGGUGGACAUACCAUCAGACCAUGUCGUUGACUAAGCUGGAGACGGACUGGUGGAUAGAGCUCGAAUCGACGUACAAAGAGCGCAUCGCCCAACGCCAGGAGCUCUACGCCAAGCACGGAGAGGCCGUGGUGCAAUGGCUUCCCGGCUCCGAGCUGGUAUGCAAGGAGCUCAUGGAGAUGGUGCUGCAGUUCAUCUGCGCACGAUAUCCGCACUACUUCGUUCUGUCCGAAGACAAGACGAGGCUCGAGAACAAGAUACUGGGCACUGUGUCCAUGAUCAAGGAGAAGCACCCCUUGCUCAUCCUGCUCGACAACGUGCCCGAGGACUUCGGAAUCACGCUGCGGGACCCGGAGACGGGGUACUAUGCUUUCCGGGCUGGCAUGAUAUGCUCGGCGUUGGGGUGGAGCGUCGGCACCAAGAUUGGGAUGAAGCUCCAUGAGAUACACCAGCCUAUCCCCGACUACAAGGAGAAGAUGCAGUUCAGCAUGGACCGGUUCUUCUCCAAGAUGCCGUCGAGCAAGUCCAUCCAGCGCGGCUCCUGGGGUCUAGAAGUCGACCAGCCCCUAUUCAUGUCGCCCGGCGACCCGCACGAGUCGUACCGCUCGCAGCAGGACCCCAACCUGACGCGGUCGCGGAUGCACCUGCGGGUCGACUGGCAGACGCUGCGGCGGCUUCCGCUCUCGGGCGGCAUCGUGUUCAACUUCAAGGCUCUGUUCACGCCGAUCGAGGAGUUCAGGGACGAGCCGUACGUGCCCAGCCUCAUUCUCAAGGUCAUUAAAGAAGGCAAGGAGAACCUGAUGAAGUACAAGAACACGUGGCACACGGAGCAUGUGGUGGUCCCGGCGCUGGAGGAGUACGAGAGGGAGCAGAAGGAGAGGGGACUGGUGGAGGAGGACUGGGAGCCACGGACUCUGGAGGAGAGUCCCUGGUUUCCGGGGUGGGAGAAGAAGUGGCAUGCGCAGCAAGGGUUCUGA